AUUUCUAAAGUAAAAGGUAAAUUUAACCCUUUUCCCAUAUAUAAGUUGACACUAGAAAACGAAGGGGGGAAAUGUCACGCUGCUAAAAAGUGCUGUGGCAUGAGCUUCACCUCCAAAACCCAACAACUCUUGGCUCUUCUCAACUCUUGUUCUUCUCUUAAACACCUCUUCCAAAUCCAUACUCACAUCAUAAUCUCCGGACUCUGUCAACAAACUUCUAUCAUCCUUAAAAUCGUCAACUUUUUUGCAUCUCAUACCCCUAUAAACUCAGCUACUUACGUGGGUCUUGUCAUCAAACAAUCCCACAACUCAUCUAAUGUGUGGUGGAAUAUCCUCAUUAGAAAUUAUGCCACGUGCAACAACUGUUCACAUAGUGAAGCCAUUCGUGUUUUUGUCGAAAUGCGGCGGUGUGGAGCUGCUUCAGAUGAAUUCACAUACCCUUUUCUAUUCAAAGCUUGUUCGUCCUUUUUGGGUCUGAAAGAAGGGAAACAGAUUCAUGCUGAAGCAAUCAAGAUCGGUUUUUGUAACAACGUUUAUGUUCAGAACACUUUGGUUCAUUUUUAUGGAUCUUGCAAGAAGAUUGUGGAUGCAUAUAAGGUGUUUGUUGUUAUGUCGCUGAGAACUGUUAUUUCUUGGAAUUCUACGAUUUCGGCUUUUGUAGAAAGUUGUUGGUUUUACGAAGCGGUUGAGAUUUUUCGUGAGAUGAGAGAAUGUCAGUUCCAACCGGAUGAGACAACUAUGGUUGUUUUGCUCUCUGCUUGUGCUGAGUUGGGUGACUUGAGUUUAGGUAAAUGGAUACACUGUCAAGUGAUUGAGCAAGGGAUGUUUGUGAAUUGUCAAUUGGGAACUUCCCUUGUUGAUAUGUAUGCUAAAUGUGGAGCAGUAGAUUAUGCUCGUUUGAUCUUUGAUAGGAUUGGUGAAAGAAAUGUGUGGACAUGGAGUGCGAUGAUUCUUGGAUUAGCACGGCAUGGAUUUGCAGUAGAGGCCAUGGAACUCUUUAGGAAAAUGAAGGAUUGCUCUAUGAAGCCUAACUAUGUGACCUUUCUAGGUGUGCUUUGCGCUUGUAGUCAUGUUGGUAUGGUAGAAGAGGGGCAACGUUUGUUUCGAGAGAUGGAAAGUGUCCAUAGGAUCAAACCUAUGAUGGCACAUUAUGGUGCCAUGGUAGAUAUCUUGAGUCGUGUUGGUCGUCUUGAAGAAGCGUACAAAUUCAUUGCGGACAUGCCUGUUGAGGCUGAUGCAGUUAUAUGGAGGACACUACUGAGUUCUUGCCACAUUCAUGAUAUUAAUGACUAUACUGGAGUUGGAGAGAAGGUCAGAAGGAGGUUGCUUGCAUUGGAGCCUAAAAGGAGUGGGAAUUUAGUUAUGGUAGCAAACAAGUAUGCUGAAGUUGGAUUAUGGGAGAAAGCAGCAAAAUUGAGAAGAGGUAUGAGGGUCAGACGACUUAAGAAGGUGGCUGGAGAAAGUUGCGCGUCAAUCUUCUAGAUUCUAUGGAGAUUAUUCUCAAGUUGCUAAUGAGGAAGUUUUCUUGUUCCUAAACAAACACAGUUCACAUCAACAUAGUUAAAAACAAGAUGACUGGUCCAAUCAAUGACUAAUUCUUCAACAUGCAGGAUGUUGUAAAGUAUCUCUUGAACAAGGUGGCGUCGCUAUGGCAAUCCCUCUCUGAUGAACCAGAAGGGUUAUUGACCACAGUACACUCAGAAGGUUGAUACGUUUGACUUCCCUGCCUAAGCCUUCACAUCCAAGGAUGCUGUCAAUGAGAAUUAUCUGAUUGUGUCCAUUGGAAGAUGUCAUAUUUUCCUCUGUUUCAGUUGAUGCAAAAAUAAAUGGAUUUUGAUAUUCUUAAGCAACCACCAUUACAUCCUCUAAUGUAUUGUUUGAUGCUAUCAAACUGAAAUAUGAGAGAGGUGUUGAACCUUUGGAUUUUCUU